UAAAGGAAAUAUGUUGUUGCUAGACAACGAAAAACAAAGGAAGGUAAGAAAUCAAUAAUCUUGAAAAGGUUUUGCUUAGAAAAAUAAAAUGACAAAUUUGAAUUUUCAUUAAAUGAAAAUUGAGAAAAAAUAAGUAUCAAUUACCUGGACAGUAGUAUAGCCCCAGUGUAGAGAACUCUAUAUUGGGGUAUAGCUGUAAAUAUCUUAGAAGGUUAGCAGUAGCUUGGUAUUUGGAGUACCAGUAAGGAAAAACGGAAUAUUAGAUUGUAAGAGGAAAAAGUGUACAGCGAUAUACGUACAUAAAAAUUAAAAAUGGAGAGCCAAGAGCAAUACAUGUUGGAAGUACAAGAAAUGAAUUACCAUCAAUUACAAAACUCAUAUCAACGAAAUAUUCACUACCAAAACAACUACCAAUUGGAAACUAUCCAUGAAGAAAGUUCAAACAAUAAUUCUCAAAUUCAAAAUGAACCAAAAGAAAAAGAACACAAUAAUAAGGAUGUAAUUGAAAUAGACGGAGUUCAAACAAAUGUAGAUAGCUUGAAGUAUAAGGAUGCCCAAACCCUAAUUCAAAAUAUGUUCAAACGUAUAAUUCAGGAAAAAGAAGUUGAAGGAACAUCAUCCUACAUAUUAAGUCUAGAAAAUAACUCAGUCAAGCGUCAAAUUAAUGAGGAGAAGAAAAAUAUUGAUUUAUUGCAAUUAGAAAAUGAAAAAAUUAACGCUCAAGUUAUUCAAACCAAUGAGGAGUUUGUUCGUGUACAGCAAAAUAUCUUAAAUGCUAGUGAAAUUGAUGAACAAUUAAAAGUUUAUGUCACUUCUACGAAAAACAGAUCUAUAUAUAUUCAAGAAAGCUUUCGAGAAAAAUUUAACAAAAGUUUGGAUGAGAAGACUGCAAUUGAGAGUUCUAUUAAUACAAAAGCUUUAUAUUUAGAAGGAUUGAGAAAAAAAAUUAAUGAUUUUAAGUCUCAAUGUGGUAGCACUGAUAAAAAAGACGAAAAUUUACUGCUUAAGUCAGAAUGUGUUGAUAAACGUGAAUAUUCAAUUAAACUAAAAAAACUUGUUGAAAAUCUUAAAAGAAAUUGUGAAACAAAUAUAGAGAUAUUACCAUUGACAACGGAAUUAGCGGAGAAGAACGAAAAAAUAAUUGAGCUUAGUAACGAUAUUAAUACUACAACUGUUGAAAAAACGAAGAAGAUUAAUGAGGUGAAUGAGAAUUUGGUGGACAUUACAAACAGAAUUGAUUCCACAAAAGAACGUAUUACAGCAAUUAAUUUAAAAUUAACCGAAAAUUCUGAAAUAAAAAAGGAACUUCAAAAAGAAUUAGAGAUAAACCAGCAAACACUCUCCAAAAAUGAAAUUGAAAUAAACAAAUUAGAAGAUGAGAAAAUAGAAAAGGAGAAUAAAUUAUUUGAAUUAUCUGAACAACAUACAUCCAAAAUAAAUGUAUUGAAAUAUGACUUAAAUAUUUUAGAAAAUGAAGUAUGUACAUUAAAAGAGGAAAAUAACAAAAAGGUUAAAGCAGUAAGUCUAAACAAUUUCUUUGCAAAAUAUUUUGAGAAAAUGGCGGAAAAAAAUGUUCUAAAUGAUAAAAAAGUUGCUCUAGAAAAGAUUCAAUUACUGGAAACAGAAAUAAACACAGAAGAAACUAAUAUAAAAAACGCUGAAAUAGAAUUGGAGGAAAUAACCUAUAAUCCACUUUUGGUUGAUUUGACAAAGAAAAAAGACUUUUUAGAUGCUUGCAAAAUUUAUUUUUCUGAUCAAAUGGAAAACAUAAAAAAAGAACACUCAGAAGUAAAACAACGCGUUCAGGAAGCGACAGGAGAUGUCAAUCGAUUAACAAAAUCUAUUGAAGAAAAGAAAACUGAGAAAAAUCGGUAUAGAACACUCAAAAGAAAGCAUUCAAAAAAAGAUAAAAUAAAUUCUACAUUAGUAUCAGUUUCUUCCUCCACACAAGAUAUUGAAAAAGAUUUUAAUUUACCUACGAGUAUUCUCAAGAAAAAACCUCAAUUCACCACUCCAUUUUCACCAAAGAAAGUUCAGUUUGCUAACCUGUCAUCGACAGAAUCAAGUGGUUUAACUAGAACCAUAGAAGAGGUUACAGAUCUCGAUAAAGUGCUGGAGAAUUUUCGAAAAAUGCCAAAACAACAAUCUUCAAAACAGGAACUGAAUAAGAGGAGAGUUUUUUUCGACUAGACAAAUGUAUAAAAUUUUAUAAAGGCCGCUGAGCGCUAUGGGAUUGAAUCAAAGAUAACCCGGAUUUUUUUUAUUAAAUCAUAAAAAUACAACAUAUUUUGAGAUAGGAUACUGUAAUUUUAAUUUUUCAAGUUAAUAUCAUCUUUUUUUUAAGUGAAGCACUAACUUUUAUCAAGAAUACAUUUUUCUCAAAAAACAAUUAAAAAGUGUUCCAUAUGAUGCAAACUUUAAGAGACUGUGUAUUCCUGAAUAUAUUAUCUCAUUAGGCAUGUUAAUUGCCGUAAUAAGGGGCCUAUUCAGUAACUCUGAACGACGUCGUUAAUAGACGAUAAUCGUUCACAGACGAUAAUCGUUCACAGACGACUUUUCUUAUUCAGUAGACAACGAUUGUCGUUGAAAAUAGACAAAUAUGGUUGUAAAAUUGUCGUUCAUCAACGAUAGCCAAAGAGCUGUCGUUAAUAAUAUGAAGUGUCGUUAUAGUGAUUUUAUUUUGCAUUCCCUCUCAUUUUUUAUUGUGAAUCAGGAUGUGUUCUAAAUAAUAAAAGCACUUUUUUACAAAUUUUACAACUAAAUUGCCAUAUACCUAAUACAGCAAGUACAAUUUUUAAGGAAUUUUUUUCUAAUUUAUUUAAUUAUUUUAAAAAUAAAUCUGAUUCAAAGUUAGGAUUGCCCAUUCAACCAUUUACUAUUGGAUUCUUAUUAACAGUGAUGAUCCUAAAAGUAGCACUGCAAAACAGUAACAAAACCUAUAAUACUUCUCCGUAACCUACACAAAUUUGGUUUGGCUUUCAAAUCCAAUAAAUACAACUUGUACUGUUCUCGAGUUGUUUUUUGUAUUCUUUUGGAAUAGUUCUCAGUUUUUUUUAAUAUAUCCAUACUCAUUUAAAUAAACCCUACAUACAAUACGACCAGCAAAAAUGGCCCGCGAGAAACAGAAUUCCUACGAAUCGAGAAUCGACCCCCUGAUCGUGUUGUAGGUUAAGAAUAAUAAUUAAUAUAUUCUGAAAAACAAAUGAAUAUAUCUACUGGUAGAAUUUUUAUUUUACGUUCCAAAAAAAUGUCAAAUAUACCGGGUGUUCCAAUUAAAGGGUUACAGUUAAAUACCGCCUUUUAUAGAAAAAAACAAAGUUUUAUAGUUUUUUGGGUAAAACAUUUUGGCUAAAAUUGUUUUUUUAUAGCAAACCAUAAUAUGGCCAACUUUUUUUCGCGCAGCAAAAUUUUCAAGUAGAUGUUACUCAAUAAGUAGAAAUCCAAUAAAAAAAUGUUUCCUUUAGAUGUUUCUUAUUUUUUUAUUAACUCGCAAGAAUACCUAUGAAAAAAAAUAGGGUUCCAAUUUGAAAAAAAAUCCACCUCGAUAUGGCCAUAUUAUGGUCAGCUAUAAAAAAAAUUAAUUUAGCCAAAAUGUUUCCCCUAAAAAACUAUAAAACUUUUGUCUGAUACUUUUUUUUAUAAAAUGCAUAUUUUUGGCGAUAUUUAACUGUAAAACUUUAAAUUAAACACCCGGUAUAAUCAUCAACAUACGUUCUUUUAUCACAAAACACUAAAUUAUAAUACCAACUUACUAGAAAUCAUCGUUCAGAUUUGGUAACUAGAAACAACGUAAUGACUCUGUUAUUGAAUAGAGUUUCAAAAAUUAUCGUUAUAGAAGUCGUUGGUUGAACUGUCGUUAGCUUAACGAUGUCGUCCAUAAACGAUAAAUUACUGAAUAGGGCCCUUAAGACAUAAAAGUAGUGUUCUCUUAAUAAGAAAUGAAUUUGAUUUUAGUUUUUAUAGUAAAAUUACGAAUUUCUUUAAAUAUUGUUACAAUGUUAGUGUUACUUUUAAUGUCAAACAAAAAUAAAUGGAAAAUUGUUUU